AUGCCUCCAAGAAAGAAAACCAAGCGCGCGCACUCGCCCACACCCCAAGAUGACACCACGACGCAGUCGAGCGCAAACACCCCGUCAAGCAAUGGCGCCGGCAAGCCAGACACAGACUACGACCUCAUCACAGACCCCUGGACAGACGAGCAAGAAACAGCGCUCCUCAAGGCGAUCAUAAAAUGGAAGCCAGUCGGCAUACACAAACACUUUCGGAUGCUCGCGAUCUCGGAUUACCUAAAGAGUCAAGGCUAUGCGCCAUCAACAGCAGAACACAUGCGUAUUCCAGGGAUCUGGAAGAAGCUAGGCUCUUUAUACAAUUUGGAGGCUCUCGAUGAGCGGGAAGAUUCAGUUAUCACUGAUUCAAACGAAGAUGAUGAGGGCCCGAGCGAGAUGUAUUGUCCAUUUGAGCUUCCAGAUGAUGAGUACCGGGACUUGAAGUUUGAAAGGCGACUUGCAAUGGAAGACUCUCUAUCGCCCGUCACCAGCCGCACAAGCCGUGCAGCUGACUCACGGCGCGGCAGCACAGUCGCAGACACAGAUGAACCACGGUCUUCCCCUAUCCCGUCUCGAGGUCGCAAGUCCAAUUUGAGUGCUCGUCCCUCCACGCGAGGCACCCGCUCGACUCGAUUACAAGUCGAAAUUGGCACAGAGAGUCAAGGCAAGGCAUCGGACGAAGGUGGUGAUUCGGCAGAUGAUACUGGGGCAAAUGAUGAGGAUGAUGAAGAAGGCGAUGAAGGCUCCGAGGGCAAUAGCGAUGAAGAAGAUGGAGAAGAAGACAAGGGUGGCUCUCGGAGCACUCGAGCACAAACAUCCCGCUCCAAAGCAAAGGAUAAAAAGCCUUCGACUGGCACUGCAACACGCAGGACCGGUCGGCGGCGUUGA